AUGUUUUCAAAUAACCGGGAACACAACGAAGAUGAUCACGCACCAUUGCUCGUGAUUGGUGCUGGGAUCUGCCGAACUGGAACACUGACCUUGAAAACCGCUUUGGAAAUACUGUACCAAAAACCGUGCUAUCACAUGAUGGAAAUUGUGUAUAAACAUUUGGAUCAUGUGCAACUGUGGACACAAGUGUAUGAUCGAGUAGAGCAAGACAUUGAUGCUGAAUUGCCUCCGGAUCUGAUCAAGCAGAUUUUCAAAGGAUAUCAGAUGACAACUGACAUUCCGGGCUGUGUGAUCUACAAACAGUUGAUGAAAAUCUAUCCGGAAGCAAAGGUACGGCUAUUUCAUUGUGUAUUUCAUUUGUCUUUGGUAUAG